AUGCAACCUGUUCGUCUACGCAAGCCUCGCUUGUUUCCCAAGUUAUCUCUUCCUUUGAGAGAUACACUAGAUAUGUAUUCGGCUGAAGUGAAAAGCAUAGCUAAGAUCUUAUUUGCGAAAAUGGCGAUAGCUUUGAAGAUCAAACCCGAUGAAAUGGAAAAGGUGUUUGAUGAUGAGUUAGGGCAGAGAGUGAGGAUUAACUACUAUCCGCCUUGUCCAGAGCCCGAUCAGGUUAUUGGUGUAACUCCGCAUUCCGAUCCAACAGGACUCACCAUACUGCUGCAGGUUAAUGAAGUGGAAGGUCUCCAAAUCAAGAAAAAUGGCAAGUGGGUCUCUGUCAAACCUCUCCCAAAUGCAUUCGUUGUCAAUGUUGGAGAUAUCUUAGAGAUCCUAUCGAAUGGGACAUAUCGAAGUAUAGAACAUUGCGCGGUUGUGAAUUCAGAGAAAGAGAGACUUUCUAUUGCGGCAUUUCACAAUCCCGGAGUAGGUAAAGAAAUUGCUCCACUGACAAGUCUCGUGGAAAGGCAAAAGGUUGCAUUUUUCAAAAGCAUGAACACGGAAGAGUAUUUCGAUGGCUUCUUUUCCCGUGAGCUCGCUGGAAAAUCUUACCUCGAUGUUAUGAGAAUCUAG